GUGGUCAUCGUCUGGUGACCAAAUACUUAUGCAAUUCACAAUUCUCGUCACUAAUCGACGGAAGCCUACUUCGGCCAGGCAACCAAUGGUCGCCGUUCCUGCGAUCUCAGAUCCGUGUAAAGCCGCAGUGCAUGGGUACUAGGCCUAUGCCAGCCAUAUGUCUACUCAGUCUUUGUAUUGCCGGACAGCAUGGAUCAAAUCACCACUUCCUCAGUGGCUCAUACCUCUAUGUCUCACAGAGUCAUGUUUUUGAAGAACACCUCAGAUGCAAAUUCCUACACACGAAUUCAGCUGAAAAGGAUACUCCCUCGCGGUCGAGCAUGACAUUCCAACUCAUCCGCAAAACAUAUUCACCCUGGGUCUUGCAGACAUUAUGCAUCGUGGGACGUGGCUUCAUCGUGCACCUUUGACUGCUCGCCAGCGCCCGCAGAUUUGCACUGAUCUUUUGUCACUUAUAUGCAAGUCAUUUUGCCUCAAGCCUUUCAAACCUUGCGUGGGGCAGCGACCGAUCACAAACCCCUUGCAUCGGUCU